UCUACUUCUGGUCUUUUUCUUUGAUUUUCUUUUGAUUCAAUUUGUCAAUAACAAUAAUCAUCAUUAGCAAGACUGACUUCAAAAACCAAUCGUAAUAAAUAGGGUUUAGUAAUUCGUGACGCUUGAAAAACAAUUGUUUUAUGGAAAUCCAACAUCCCGCCAGCGAUUGAAAUUGGCUUACAGAAAGUUGAAUUGAAAAUGACUGCUUCUUUGCCUGUUUUCGAGAAGUUAUUUCUCUUGCUACUUCAAAUAUUCUGUGCCAGAUUGUUCGUGGCAGCUGACCUUGGCGAACAGCUGGUGAGUGAUGUUCUGGCCAACUGCAGUCGCAAUCUGAGGCCAGUGGUGGAUGUAAACAACCAAGUGGUGGUGGGGGUGGAUUUUAUCAUCAACCAGAUCAAUUCCCUCGAUGUAGUCGAUCAGGUGCUGGAUUUGUCUCUCUUCAUUGGGCUCAGCUGGCGGAAUGAGAAAGUGUCCUGGGACACGGCAGACUACGACGGACACGACAGAGUCUUCUUAACACAGGACGACAACACCUGGCUUCCCGACAUCGUUUUCUACAACCAAAUCAGCGGCCACCACAUAACUAGGGACCUGCCAGUGCCCUUCAUGGUUAACUCCAGCGGCCACACCUACAUGUCCCGCCCUUUGAGGGCUGACUUCCUAUGUGCCCUGAAUGCGUACUACUUCCCCUUCGACCAACACGUCUGCAGACAGAAGAUAGGACCAUGGAUAAACCCGACUGAUCUGAUCGACGUGCAAAACGAUGCGGCCAUAACUUCCAAUAUUCUGACAUCAAGCACUUCGUGGGAAGUCGUGGGCGUCAACGCUGAACACAUGAAAUUUUACCGAGAUCGGAACUUCUCCUCUAUCGUUUACUCAGUGCAUCUGAAAAGACGAAGCGCCUUCUACGUGGCAAAUGUAAUCAUUCCCAGCGUUGCGAUUAACUACCUGACAUUGUUUAACUUUGUAAUCCCGGCGAACUCGGAGGAGAAAAUCACUUAUGGAGUCACAAUUUUUCUGGCACAGACAGUCAAUAUGAUGAUGGUUUCAAAUAUGAUGCCGCACGGCGCCAGUUCGAUUCCCCUCUUUGGACAAUAUUUACUAUUUUCUAUUAUUUUUAUUGCAUCUAGUCUUCUUGUUACAAUUUUCCUGGUUUCCUCUUUCAUCGAUCAGAUGUCGGAUCAGUCGUACGGAGGAAAGGUUCUACGAUUCGCCCUGAAAAAUAUUAGCCCAAUUUUGGGUCCCAAAAUUCCGAGGCGAGACGUAUCAGGAGGUGACAAGAAAGUCGAAGAGCUCGCUUUAGACGACAAAUCGGCCGACAAAAUUUCGGCUAAAGAUUCAGUGCCUGAUAAUACUGUGCAAGGUGGUGAAAGUAAGACAAACAAACGAAAUGGUUCGAAGAAAGCGUCUGUCGAAGAUUUGACUCAUGAUGAACAAAUUCUGAUUGGUUGUGUGACCUUGAACCGAGCUUGUUUCCUGUUCUCCUUUCUUCUGAUGACAGUUAUGACAUCCGCUUACAUGAUUAUUCUAAACACCACUUCCGACAACGAAAUUCAACCAUCCCAAUUUUCUGCUUAAAUGGGACGAAGACGGAGAUUUCAGACAAACGAAGAAAAAGCCUUGAUCCUAUCGCAAAAAGUACUUUGACAUAAUAUAUUCUUUUUCUAAGUAUAAACUCGCGCCUAUAAAAACGGCAAUGGGAAGGGACCUUUAUUGAAAAAAUUCAUGCUGUUUUUUUUAGUAUUCAAUAAAGCAAAAAUAGUAUAAUCAUAAAGUCACUAAUCAUCAUUAACUUUCUAACAAGUUAACUUUUGUAAAAGCGACAAGGUAAGUGACCAUGUGGUUUGAGUGAAAUAAUUGAAGGUUUUACAUUUUGAUGGUUCGAUAACAAAAAUUUUCAUUUGCAAAUUAGUGACAGAACUUGUUUUGAACGUUGUGAUUUCGAUUAGAAUUUUAUUGGAGUGUGCUAGCAACUAAAGAAGGUUGUUAUUUGAAUUAAUGGAAUUAACGUAAUUCAUAGAUGCUUGGCAUAGAAUGAUAUAACAGGCAGUUUUCAAAUGUUAAUGUUGUAAGACGUUGCCUGCUUUAUAAAUUUCUGCGUGUACUGUCAGAUUCUUUUAAAGUUUAUUUGAGAUUUUUCAUAAUCAACAGUUUUAUAAAGCGCAUAGUGAUGAGCAU